CAAACACGAACACGACUAUGACAGUAGUCGGCACACUACAAUUCUUUUCAAAAACAUGCCAGCAGUUAGUUCAUGCAGUUUUUUGCGUGCAAUUCGCAAACCCUCUCUCCUCCAACCUCUGCUGUACUUGACAGCUCCAGCAUUGAACUAUAAUGAGCUCCAGUCGUGCUAUUAUGAAUCGGUUCACUUCCGUUGUGAAAUGCGCAGGCGCCGGAGAUGCGAUCAAUCUGACAGAAGUUCUCAUGACACCAUAGCAGGGACUGCUGGAAAAUAUCUCAGUUGUUUGAAGUGAAAAUGGCAGUGGAGAAGCGCUUGGCAUUCUCUAUUGUGCAGUUCCUGCGAGAUCAAACACACUGUGGUGCUUUGAAUUCCGAUGAGCAGGAAAGCCUCGAAGUUGCCAUACAAUGUUUGGAGACCACCUUCAAGAUCAACUCCAGUGACUGUCAUCUCGCAGCACCACAACCUCUCACUGAAAUAUUCCUCAACUCUCUCCUCAAGAAUGACCAGAAUAACCUGGUGCUACCAGAGACAUCCCCGUCACCAGAAGACACAGAAAGGGCAGAACAGUUGAAGAAUGAAGGGAACAAUCAUAUGAAAGAGGAGAACUACAGCUGUGCGGUGGAGUGUUACACAAAAGCCAUCGAUUUAGACCUCCGAAACGCUGUCUACUACUGUAACAGUGCGUCUGGUUGUGUGGCUGGCUGUUGCUGUUAUCAUCAACGCAGGGCUGCAGCACACAGUAAACUGGGGAACUACACAGAGGCAACGGGAGACUGUGAAAGGGCCAUAGGGAUUGACCCCAGCUACAGUAAAGCCUAUGGGAGAAUGGGAUUGGCAUUGACUGCUAUGAAUAAGUACCCAGAGGCCAUCUCCUACUUUAAGAAAGCUCUGGUUUUAGAUCCGGAGAAUGAUACCUACAAAUCCAACCUGAAGAUUGCUGAGCAGAAACAAAAAGAGGCAUCCAGUCCUAUGGCUACGGGACUGGGAUUUGACAUGGCCAGCCUUAUCAACAACCCUGCCUUCAUCAGCAUGGCCGCCAGUGUGAUGCAGAACCAACAAGUGCAACAGCUUAUGUCAGGGAUGAUGUCCAAUGCGGUCGGGGGUCCAGCAGCAGGAGUGGGAGGACUGUCUGACAUCUCCAGCCUGAUUGAAGCUGGUCAGCAGUUUGCCCAGCAGAUCCAGCAGCAGAACCCAGAACUGAUCGAACAGCUGAGGAACCACAUCCGCAGCCGUUCCUUCAGUGGCAGCGCUGAGGAGCACUCGUGAUCCACACAGGUCUGUGUACUACAACACAGAGCAUACGUUUUAAUAGAGGAAGGGCAACCAUAUGUUGUGAUUGCAAUCUCUACACCCAUUCCUUAAACUCACAUCACCGGCAGAGCUGGAAUGAAGAGACAGACGGAGAUGGGGACGAUGGCACUUUACUGGGACUGUAUCUUCAGAGAGGAGGGGAGAGAUGAGAAACAGUCUACACCUUCUACAUACCUAAUAAGAAGAGAGAGUAUCCAACACAUUCUAUGUAGAUACUCAAACAGGAAAUAGAGUAUCAACCACAUUCUAGACACCCAAUUAGUUUCAAAAACAUUCCCACCAAUCAGGAGAAAGAAUAUUCUACACAGUUCGAGACCCAAUCAGGAGACAGUCUCAACUAAUUAUUCUAAAUAUCCAACCCAGUGCACAGCAAAUAUUUAAUCUUUCCUCAAUAAUGUUCCAUUCCAAAUGGAUUUCUGUGUUUUAUCUACAGUGUGUUGUAGUAGCAAUGUGGAAACCAUUUCCGUGUUCCUAUACUUUGGUAUAUUAUGUUGAUCCUUUGGUCCGCACCGAUUUCACUGAUCCAACAGAAUUGUACAUAGGAUAAUGCAGGGGUGUAUACAGUGAGGUGAAACAUUUAGAAAGAAAUUAAAUUAAUAGAGCUGAUAGGAUUCCCUAUUCUACAGUACCAGUCAAAAGUUUGGAAACACCUACUCAUUCAAGGGUUUUUCUUUAU